AUAGCGCACAGAGCUACACCCCCUUCGACAAUGGCGAGUGAGGGUUUCAACGGGGACGACUGGGAUAACGACUUCUUAGACAAGCUCCUCCAAGCGGAGGAACUGGCCUUGUCCACUCAGAUUCCUCGAACCUACCACCCACCACCGCCGCCGCCGCCGCCGCCGCCACCGCAACCGCCGCUGCUGCCGUCGCCGGCGUAUGGCGUCAGCUAUUCCCCUCCUCGCGAACUGUCUCAGCGACCCCGUGAAUUAGGCCACACGGGCGGCGUUCCCGAUUAUUUUGAUUCGUUUUUCCCUCGUGGGACCCACUUCGCCAAGGAGCAAGAAAUCGACAGACCAAAGAGAGAGUUGAAUCGCGUUUCGAAGCAGCGAAAUGAUCUGAAACGCUUGGAUUUUAGGAAGGAAAGGGACAAAAAGGAGCAGCAGCCGGAAGUAAUACAUUCAAAGAUUGAGGCGAAAGAUGCUGAGUUUUAUCAGACAAAGGAUACGGAGAUGGAUUGCCUUGAUUCGGGUCCCACUGAUCCUGGCAUAUCUACUGUGUGUCGAAAUGAAAAUCCAUCAAACGAGCAACUUAAGCCCCGCACAAAAUCUUGUGAUGCAGGAGUGCAGACAGAUAAAACCACUGAAUCAAGCAGUACGGCUGUACAAAAUACUUGUCGCGUAUCGGAAAAAUUGGUUGGGCUGUGGAAUUCAGAUGACCAAAAACUGGGAAGAGUUUUAGUUGCACAACUGUUUAUGACUUGUGAGAAGGAUUUUCAUGCGCUGUUUGGAUACUUGAACUCGCCUAAAGCGGAUUCUAGCAUGGCUUUGUCUGAUCAACCAGGUUCUAUUCAUCCCAUAGAAACUGCAAAAGUAUCACAUCUAUUCUCCGUGUUGACCAAGAUUGGUUACGAUACUUUGAGAUUGGAGGAUUUGUUAGAAGCUUUGGUCGACCUUUGCAGUCUGAAAAAUGUUGUUAUUAUUCAUAGCUCUCUUCGUGUUCUGCACAAGAUUCUAAAUAAUUCUUCCAGCAUGAAAAAAGAAUUUGGUAAAAGGGAAAAUGUUAUGGUUGAGGAAUCUCUAUCUGAAAACACCAACGAGUGUCGGAAUUCAGAACAAGAAAGCUUAUCCUUUGCAAAUGUAGCAGAGAUUCUGAAGCAGAGCCAUAUUCCAUCAGAACUGAAUUUGUUUAAUGUUAAAACCCCUGGCCAUAGUAGAUUCUUCGAUUGUAGCUUUGGAGCAUCUAUUUCUGGAGUUUAUUGGGUUUCUCUUUUCGAACGUAUGUGCCUUAUAUCCAUUCAGAACAACGAAAAACAAAUUCGGCGUGAAGCACUUUCAAUCAUGAAUCUGAUUCUUAUGAGACAAAAUGCAUAUUUGGAGAGAGACAAGUUUGUUGGGGAAGUGGUGUUUCGAAGUUUAUCACAAUUAUUAAGGAGGGAAGCUGGAUUUUUUGUGCAAGACCAAGCUGUUCAUACUCUUUAUCUGCUAUGUAAUUGUCCAAAAACCAUAGCCAUGCUUUGUUCCGGUUCUAAACAAGAUGGCGAGCAACUUGCCUCCGAGUUUUCAAGUUUUCAAGGGUUCAAUGAGAUCUUAAUUGGCUUGGCAGAUUGUGUCGCUUCCUAUAGAAGUGCUACUGCAGAGGAGAUGAAGCUUCGAAGAAAUGCUAUAGCUUUUCUUGCUUUCUUAGGUUCAUUGGGAAAAUCCGGCUUCGAAGUUUUGAUAAACCAUACGCUUCCGAAGGGAACCAAUUUCCUCGCAAUCAUUUUGCAAAGCUUAACAUCAGAUCUCGACCUUCAGGCGUCAAAGUCAGCUCAGAAAUCCGACCUUGUCCGAGAACAAAUAUUGCUAAUUCGAGAGGCGCUUAUUCUUUUGAAUAGACUCGCAUCUCAUCCUCAAUAUUCGGGUCCCGUUUUGGAAGCACUGACAAAUACGAGAGAGAUGGCGAGUGCAGCUGUGGAUGUUGCUAAUAGAUUGACCAAUAAAAGCAAGUUAUUGUGGCGUAACGAAAACACAGCAAGGCAAAUCAGGGAAUCCGAGAUUAUGGAGUUGGCUCGUGUCUUCAAGAAGAGGAUUUUUACGUUCUUAGGCGAUAGCAUUUCAUGAGAUGGUUUUUCUAUCGCCUCGAUUAUGUACGUAGAGAGUAUUCAUGUAAUAUAAUCAAAUACAUGAGAGUAUUUUUGUAUUUUGAACUCAAAGUAGAGUUCAUAAAUAGAAAAUGUGGGUAAGUACUUUCCUA